AUGCCCCGUCCAAGGGUGUUUAUGGACUUUGCUGUCGACAACAAUCCCAUAGGAAGGGUUGUUAUCGAACUAUUCAAUGACGCAGCACCCAAAACAUGCGAAAACUUCCGAGCUCUAUGCACUGGGGAGAAGGGCCUGUCGCCAGUCUCGGAGCGUCCAUUGUACUACAAGAAUAGCAUUAUCCAUCGUUCAAUCCGGGACUUCAUGAUCCAGGGCGGAGACUUUACGAAACGGAACGGCACAGGCGGCGAGAGCAUCUAUGGGGGUGCUUUUGAGGACGAGGACCUCUCCCGGCCCCUGGAUUCUGAAGGCUUGGUAUGCAUGGCCAACAAGGGUCCCAAUACCAAUGGUUCUCAAUUCUUCGUCACGCUACGUGACUGCCCACAUCUAAACGGUAAGCAUGUCGUAUUUGGGAAAGUCAUUAGAGGCUACGAGGAAGUCAUCAAGAAGAUUGCCGACAUUCCCGUUGACGAGAAGGAUCGUCCUCAGGUGCCCGUGGUCAUUGCGAACUGCGGGGAACUACAGCUGAAGAGCAAGGCGCAAGCGGGUGAUAGAAAGGAGUCGGAGAAGUCGACGCAGUCGAGAGAACGGAGCGGAAGCGCGCCCUCUUCAGAAAGUGGAGAUGAACGGUACGAGAAACACAAAAGGCGGAGGCGAUCCCGCACACCCGAACGAGAUCGCGAACACCGCAAGAAGCACAAGCAUAAACGCAAGCAUGGCAGAAGUCGCUCUCCAGGUGGCACCCAGGAAGCGAGUAAUUCCAAGAAAGACGUGGAUGUGGAGGAGACGCCCGAAGAGUAUGAUGCGAGAUUAGAAAGGGAAGAGCAGGAGCGUCUUGCCGAGGAGCGGCGGAGACACUUGGAGUCCCUCAAGAGCAGAUAUGCGAACUCUGCAGAGAGUGAGACCGGGAUUCGAUUCAAAGGCCGGGGACGAAUGAAAUAUGUCGACCCUGAGGUACGCCAAGGUAGACAAACCGGCGAUAACAACCUUUACAAACGUUGA